GAGAAUGCUUAUUGUAAAUUAGACAUAAUGCGCCCCAAUGCAUCGAUGCUAAUUGGGGUCAUAGGGAUCUAUUCCUCUUAGCUGCAUUUUUUUUUGGGGAACCCCAAUUUAUAGUGCACGUGUUGUUAUAAAACAUUGAAUAUUAUGAUCUAACUUAUGUUAAAGCAAAGCUAAAUAUAUAGAACCACAUGGAACACACUUCCAUGUCUCACCUCUUGGAUAAAAUCGUGUUAUUUAAUUUGCAUUGAAAUAACAGUAUCAGUUCACUACAUCGCUACAUGCGAACGAUGUGUAAAGCAUUCAUUUCUCCCACUACAUGAAACGCCCCGCCCAAAUACAACUUGGUGUAACAGAUUCUAACGUAUUAAAGUGAUGCUCGUAGUGUGUAUGACAGACGUAGUAUCUUUAAUAAUACUGAUUUCGACUUAUAUACGAUUUUAAAUUACUUCAAGUUUCACUAAUAAUCAGUACAAAGAUAAAAGAAAGUAACAAACCUUAAGAAGAAACUGAGAUUAAAAUUUAUAAAAUGUCCGUUCUAGACGAAAGAGAAGAUUAUCUGAAGAACCCAUACUUUGUGAAGCAUGAGUACGGUGAUUUCACUCCAUUUUACAUCGCUGUCUCUAUCUGUUCUCUGGUAUUCGUGUUCCUGUGUAUUUUAAAUAUCGGAUUUUGUUGGUGUUCACGCCACAGAAGUUACUGGCAAAGCCCACAUACUGGAAACAGGUGGAUUCAACCAUUGUGGACAGUUUUACCUCAUAAAACACCACCUUUGGACUUGAGCGAAUUGGAACCAGGACGUGCUUUUCAACCCGAAGAAUCUCACGAAGUUUUACAAUACCAUAAUCCUAAAUCUUACAGCCCUGCACCGCAAUCACAAGAGUACAUGGAAAUGCAAAAACGUGAAAGUGAAAUUUAGUUUCUGUCCAGUUACUUUCCAAAGUUGAAAAGUAGCAAGUAUAGAAGAAGUACACAGGAUAGAAGUAUAAAGUUUGAAAAGUAGUUUAAGUAGAAAAUUACGCCAAGAUG